CCUUCUUAGCUACUUACAUUUGGGGGAGAGAGAGAGAGAGAGAGAGAGAGAGAGAGAGAGAGAGAGAGAGAGAGAGAGAGAAGAUGAGUGUAGAAGUGUUAGAUGGCGCCACCAUCCGUGCAUUUGUGGAGGACGAGCUUGCCUUCAAUGUCUCCGUCAACAACCAUUUCGCAAGCCUCGACAUAGACCACGACGGUCUCCUAUCCUACACAGAGAUGAUGAAAGAGCUAAAGAGUCUUAGGGUCCUAGAGACCCACUUCGGCAUUGACUUUGUGGAGUCGAGUCCUGAUGAGAUUGCACUCAUCUACCGUUCCCUCUUCCUCCAGUUCGAUCACGACCACAAUGGGACCGUGGACUUGGAAGAGUUCCGGGCAGAGACUAAAGAGAUGAUGCUUGCUAUGGCGAAUGGGUUAGGAUUCUUGCCUGUUCAGAUGGUGUUGGAAGAGGAUAGCUUCCUCAAGAAAGCCGUUGAAAGGGAAUCUAACAUGGUCGCUGCUUAAGUCAAAACUAGUGUUGAACGCUUUUACUUCAGGGAAUUCCAUUUUUGUUUUUUAUUUUUAAUUUUUCAUAAUAUGUAUCCAUUUCAAUCUAUGCUUUGAGAAAUAAGUGUUGGGUUGCUCGAGGGCUUGUCCACACAUUUUUGUCAUAUCUUUCAUCCCACUGACAGAAUAUCAAAUAAGGAAACAGGUGAUGGUCCAACUGGAACUGUUUGGUGGACCCACCUUAAAGUGGUCCUAUACUCAAAAUUCAUGAUCAAACGAUCCUAACCUGUGAUUAGCGGACGUGUUAUUCAUUAAAUUUCGACCCU